CUCUGGAAAAAAGUUAAUUUUGAUGGUUUCUCCAAUAUUGCUGGACAUUUUCUUGAAGAAGAAGAUGCUGAAGCUAUGCAACAGGAACUUAAAGAAGCUUUCAGAUUGUACGACCGAGAAGGAAAUGGUUACAUUACAACCAGCACAUUGAAAGAAAUUCUCGCAGCUCUUGAUGACAAAUUGAACAAUGCUGAUUUAGACGGUAUCAUUGCUGAAAUUGAUACUGAUGGAUCUGGAACCGUAGAUUUCGAUGAAUUUAUGGAGAUGAUGACUGGCGAUUAAUUGCUUUAACACCUAGUUCGAUAUGUGUCCCGACAACAAAACAUAAUUGAAUAAAAGGAUUCUAAAAUCACAAAA